CGCCCAACCUCGCCCGCACGCCCAGCGGCAAAUCAUCGCAUCGCAGUUACAUUUCCAUACAGCGCGACCCGCACACCACACAGCCAGAUAGACAAGCAGGCCGAUAGACACGACCUCUAUAUAACAGCCUCCCGCAUCACAACUGAAAGACGCACCGCUCGGGCGGUAUCCCAAGGCAGAAAAUACCGCGGCACGGCUGCACCCACGCGUCGACUGAUUGCAUCCGCCGCACAACUAUGACGUACUACAACCGUUCCCACGGCUACCCGCCAACCCGCCCACGGCCCCUCAUCGAGCAGAUUCCAGACUACCGCGCAGACUUCGACGUGUCCGACGAAGAAGACGGCUUCCACGACCGCGACGACGACUUCCUCAUCCCCCCAAAACUCCAGGCCGCACUGCUGCGCACAAGCGAUCGCAUCCCGCGCAGGAUAAAACGCCACAGCCUCACCAUCUUCCUCUUGUUCAUCCUGACCAUCAUCAGCUGGUGGACGUACUUUGGCCCGCGCCGCGCCGCAUACUACGCCCAGGUGAAGCUGAUGGACAACGCUCCGACAAUGAGCUACGACAGCCACGUGCUCCCAGAGUUCAAGGGCAUGAUACAGGUCACGGAUCUCGACGAGAAGCACCUGCCCACCAAGGAGAACCGCCUCGUCUUUGUUGGCGACGUCCAUGGCUGUCUCACGGAACUCGAGGAGCUCCUCGAAAAGGUUGGCUUCGAUCAAAAGCGCGACCAUCUCGUCAUGACGGGCGACAUGAUUGCCAAGGGCCCCGACUCUGCCGGCGUCAUCAAACUGGCCCAGGACAUUGGUGCCUCGUGCGUGCGCGGUAACUGGGAGGAUAAACUGCUGCUUUCCAUUGACCAAGCAGCCGACCGCCACAUUCUGCUGCCCGCCGCCGAUGCGCCUCCAGACGCCAAGAUUGACUUUAUUGGCGAAGCGACUGCAACUCACGGCAAGGGGAAACUGCGUAAACUGGCAAAGCAAUUCACCAAAAAGGACAUUGAAUACAUGCGACAGUGCCCCGUCAUCCUUCGCAUUGGCAGUGUCCCCAAACUAGGAAAUCUGGUCACGGUGCACGCCGGCCUGGUGCCAGAUACGCCACUCGAGCACCAGGACCCGUUCCAUGUUAUGAACAUGCGUUCGAUCGAUCUCGAAACACGUAUUCCGUCCUCCAAGCACGGCGGCACCGCUUGGGAAACAUUCUGGAAUCACAGGCAGGGCAAGCUGAAGCCGCGCGAGAGGGCGACUGUCAUAUAUGGACACAACAGGAAGAAGGGACUCAACAUUCACAAAUACUCGUAUGGUCUGGAUACGGGAUGUGCUAGCGGAGGAAAGCUUACCGCACUUGUCAUUGAUAGCCAAGGCAAGACGGAGUUUGUCCACGUCAAGUGCAACAAGGAAGAGGGAUAUGCCAGUGGUUAGUGUUGACCAUAGCCGGCAUGGAGCUUGUUAUGCCAGGCGUCACAAGGAAGAGGAAUAUGCUUGUGGUUCAAGAAGUGUUGAAUUUGGUCUAGAAUGACGUACACGCAGCACGUCAACGGAGUUUAUCACGCUGGAUUGGUUUUUUUUUAGCACCACGGCCAUGGGGGCGGUGCAUUGUUGUGUCCAUAGCGAAGACUUGCAUUGUAAC